AUGUUGGCAUCUGGACCACCUAAGAAGCGACGGCGAAUCGGCAGUUCUGUUGCCGAGGGGGUUGCAUCACCUAUGCCUGAUGCCUCUCCUCCCAAGCUAGUUGACUGGCAGCAAUCUCCUACAUUCCCCCUCGCAGAGAAUUUGUUUCUCUCGCCAGCGAGAAUGUUGCAACCAGAUGUCUUCUCGCAGGACCCGGGUUAUCUCGCUUCGCAGGAGCAACUCCGGGGUAUAAUAUUCUCACUGGCACACUCCGCCGCUCCAACCCGUGGGACAAGUCCUGAGGGCGACGCUUCAGGAGACGUUGACCAGAUAUCACCUCGGAGAUUCUCCGAGUCGCCUCUGCAAUUGAAUCGAGAGCUGCAGCAAUCACAGCCAUUGAUCCGACCGUGUCUGUCAGAUAGGAGACGGGUUGACUAUCUCAAAAACUACGCGACACAAGUUGCCCCGUGGUUGCGUGAACUGACCUCCAAGUUUCAGCUGGACAUGUUUGACUCUCAAUGCACCUUUCGUCAGGAACUGCCUGCCUUGGCACAGUCCUUUCCGGCCUUGACUUAUGCGAUCCUCGCAAUCUCCGCCCGCCAGAUGGAGCGCAAAAACAACACACAAGGCUCAUUUGACAGUCUCGAGUUGUAUCAGGAAGCGAUACGUCUGCUGAGCCCCCGGCUUCAAGAACGGGAUCCCAAAAUUGUCGCCGCCUGUGUGCUACUGUGCUGCCUUGAGAUGAUGUCGGCCCGCGCACAGGACUGGCGGCGGCAUCUGGAGGGAUGCGCAGCUUUGUUUGACGCAUUCGAUAUCAAUGGAUUUGGUAAAGUCUUGCUUCGAGCCCUUUUCUGGUGCUAUGCGAGGAUGGAUCUUUGCGGUGCGCUGAUUUCGGAUGGUACACAAGCCACUUUGCUUCAUCCAUCGAAAUGGAUUCCUCAGGGUUACUGUGAGGAGGAUGCGCGCAGAUUAUUUCAAGCAUUCAUGUCUCCCGACAUGCACGCAAACUAUGCAGUAUACCUAUGUGCCAAAGUGACGGAGCUCAUCUCAGAUCGUACCAAGUUUGUGGAGCUUGAGGAGUCGAACGGCUGCACCAUGGAGGUUUUCUCUUCACGCUGGCUGCAGCAGUGGAACGACCUGCAAAACUGGUUGUCUGAGCGGCCUAAGGAGUUACUUCCUGCUGAGACAAUCAACGACAUGCCAUUUCCACGCAUUCUUUUCGUGCACUUUGCCGCUAUCUCCUCCAAUCAGUUGUAUCAUACAGCAGCCAUCUUACUGCUAAAGAUGAUACCCAAGGGCAUCAAAUUGCCCCGAUCUCCUUACGCAUCGCUGUUGUGGCACGCGCGUCGGAUUUGUGGGAUCUCGUUGACGAACCCGCACCAGGGAUGUCUCAAUAACGCCCUUCAACCCCUGUGGAUCGCAGGACGGUUGUUCAGCCAUCCCUCGGAACAUGAGAAGAUAACCAAGCUUAUUCGGGAUAUCGAGGUCGAAACUGGAUGGGGAAUGUCAUGGAGGAUUCGCGAUCUGGAAACUGCAUGGGGUUACAGGUCCAAUUGA